UUUCCCACCCUGCGUUCCCUCCCGGCGCGAGGCGCGCAGCUUUCAACAAGAGCUUUAUUGGUUCCUCUCGCCGCGCUCCCCCCCCACCCCGGCACGCGAUGGAGGCCGCCCAUUGCUCCCUGCGGGUGAAGAGACCCCUGCUGGACCCCCGCUUCGAGGGCUACAAGCUGUCUCUCGAGCCGCUGCCCUGCUACCAGCUGGGGCUCGAUGCAGCUGUGGCAGAAGUGAAACUUCGGGAUGACCAGUAUACGCUGGAGCACAUGCAUGCUUUUGGGAUGUAUAAUUAUCUGCACUGCGAUGCCUGGUAUCAAGACAGCGUCUACUACAUUGAUAACCUUGGGAGAAUUAUGAACUUAACCGUGAUGCUGGACACUGCCUUAGGAAAACCCCGAGAGGUGUUCCGACUCCCCACAGAUGUGACAGCGUGUGACAAUCGUCUCUGUGCGUCUGUCCAUUUCACAUCCCCUACCUGGGCUACCUUGUCAGAUGGCACGGGCAGAUUGUAUGUCAUUGGAACAGGCGACCGUGGAAAUAGUCCUGAAAAGUGGGAGAUUAUGUUUAAUGAAGAACUUGGAAAUCCAUUUAUUAUAAUUCACAGUGUCUCAUUGCUGGACUCUGAAGAACAUUCAGUCGCUGUGCUGCUUCUUCGGAUAGAGAAGGAGGAAUUGGACAUGAAAGGAAGUGGCUUCUAUGUGUCUUUGGAGUGGGUCACUGUCAGCAAGAAAAAAGACAGUAAAAAGUAUGAAAUUACGAAGCAUCACGUUCUCCGUGGGAAGUCGGUACCGCAUUAUGCUGCUAUUGAACCUAAUGGAAAUGGCCUAAUGAUCGUGUCCUAUAAGUCCUUCACGGUUGUUUCGGUUGAUCAGGAUCUUGAAGAAAGUAUGGAUGAAGACAGACCAGAGAAAACCAAAGUGGAACCUCUGUAUUACUGGCAACAAACUGAGGACGACUUGACAGUAACAGUAAGGCUCCCCGAAAACUGUGCUAAGGAAGACAUUCAAAUCCAGUUUUUGCCUGAGAGCAUCACCAUUACGCUGAAGGGUGUCCAGGUCCUGGGAGGAAGACUGUAUUCAUCUAUUGACCACGAAAGCAGUGCAUGGACCCUGAAAGAAAAUGACGGGUUGGAGAUUUCCCUGAUUAAGAGGAAUGAAGGUCUGACGUGGCCAGAGCUGGUGGUUGGUGAUAAGCAAGGAGAGCUUGUAAGAGACCCAGCCCAGUGUGCUGCAAUAGCAGAGCGCCUGAUGCACCUGACCUCUGACGAACUGAAUCCAAAUCCGGAUAAAGAAAAACCUCCCUGUAAUGCUCAGGAAUUAGAAGAAUGUGAUCUUUUCUUUGAAGAGAGCUCCAGUUUAUGCAGAUUUGAUGGCAAUACAUUAAAAACAACUCAUGUGGUGAAUCUCGGCAGCAACCAGUACCUGUUCUCAGUCGUUGUGGAUCCUAAAGAAAUGCCUUGCUUCUGUCUGCGCCAUGACGUCGAUGCCCUCCUCUGGCAACCACACUGCAGCAAGCAGGAUGACAUGUGGGAGCACAUUGCGACCUUCAAUGCCCUAGGUUACGUCCAAGCCUCAAAGAGAGACAAGAAGUUUUUUGCCUGUGCCCCCAAUUACUCCUACGCAGCCCUUUGCGAGUGCCUCCGCCGAGUGUUCAUCUAUCGGCAGCCUACCCCCAUGUCCACCGUGCUGUACAACAGAAAGGAAGGCAGGCACGUAGGGCAGGUUGCUAAGCAGCAAGUGGCGAGCCUAGAAACCAAUGAUCCUAUUUUAGGCUUUCAGGCAACAAACGAGAGGUUAUUUGUCCUCACUACCAAAAACCUCUUUUUAAUAAAAGUAAACACAGAGAAUUAAUCCUCCAACAUUUGGCUGAUCAGUAUCCCGUGGUACCUGGAGGCCUGAACAGUUGGACUGUAACUUAAGUUUGAAUGUGGCAAAUAAAAAUAUCUUUUAUGAAGUUUUAUUUUAAGGGAUACUGGAAAUGUAUUCAAAAGAUUAUGAAUCUGUGAAAGCUAUGGGAUAUAGAAGCUAUGGAUUUAGAGACCAUUGACUUCUGUAAAAAAUAGUUAUUUUUUAAAACGUGAUGAUUAACUCUCAUCUUUUAUAUGAAAAAAUGUACAAUUCAUUGUUUAAGAAUAAAAAUAUUUAUCAUGUA